AGGCCUAAGUGCUCAGCCGGACGCUUUGUGGUCGAUGCAUGGAGCCGCACCCCUCCGCGGAGGUGAAGAGUCUCGGCCAGUCCCACUUCGUAAGGGGGCGCCUUGUUUUCCCAAAGCGAAGCUUCAGUACGAGCCUCUUCCUCGGUUGUAGUCUUUUUGCUCUUUUCUGCCUUCUAGGCUCUAAUUUGCCCCUCACCGAUUUAUUUCUCCAGUUAACGUUUUAUUGCUCUGCGCUCAGAGAGGCGGGAAGGCCCCGCUGGCCGGAGCCAAGGCCGCGACCGCAGCGCCCGGCAUGUGGAGGGGCGGAUUCCCGCCAGGGGCCGCGGCUCCCUGCGUGCCGCCGCCCGCCAUCGAGUUCCCUGAGGAGAGCCCGGAGCCGCGGUUUGACGAAUCGGAUGUGCCCGCGGAGCUUCGAGUUGCAAACGGGUCACAGAAGUUUGUGAAUUUUACUUCGACGAUCCAAAACCAGCUGCUGCUUGUGUCACUGCUGGAGCAUCUGUGCCACAUGUACACGCACAACCCUGUUCAUUCGAGGUGUUUGUUCCGAAUACUUCGUCAGGCUUUCACAAGAACAGGGAUGCUCUCCCCUUUUGCUUUCUGUGAUGAAUUUAGUACUGUAAGACUGCAGCAUAAUAGAGCCAUUACUGAACUAAUGAAAGCAGCUAAUCGACAAAUACUCAGUGGGGAACUUGAUAAUGGAGAUUCUCAUGCAGUUGGGGAAAAAGAAGUUCUCUUUGAAGCACAGUCUUCACGAUACUUGAAUGAAUUUGAUGAGAUUGUGAGGCUAGGAAGAGGAGGAUAUGGUAAAGUAUACAAGGUUAGAAACAAGUUAGAUGGUCAGUUCUAUGCUAUCAAAAAAAUUAUCAUUAAGAAGGCUACAAGAAGAGAUUGCAUGAAGGUGCUACGAGAAGUUAAAGUGCUCGCUGGGCUGCAGCAUCCUAAUAUUGUAGGUUAUCACACUGCUUGGAUGGAACAAGUUCAAACAGUUCAUCCUGUAGAUAAAACAGUAAUGGAGUUGCACCCAUUAUGUUUGGAGCAAGAGAGUAGGAAUGAUCGCUGUCACAUUCAGAGUGUGGAAAGUGGUAGUUCAAUUAUCUUUGCCGACCUUACUUCUCAAGAAAAGAAGUCCUGUGACAGUACCGGUCUUAGAAAUCCGGGUAGUGAAUUGUGUAUGAAUGAUUUUACGAACAACAGUAGUAAAGAGUGUAUGAAACCAAAUAAAUGCGAAUUAUCCAUAGAAUUACAAGAAGACUUUGUAAGUAGUGUUAGCAGUAGAUCAACUGAUGUGAAAAAUCAUCCAUCACGGGUACCUCAUACUAGUCUGGAAAAGGAUGCUAGCACUGGAAGUAAGUCCUGCACUGAAGAAUGCUCGAAGAAUCAUGUAGCUGUCUGUGGAGAGUUUGAGGUGGAGUAUCAUUUGAUGCUUCAUAUACAAAUGCAGCUGUGUGAAAUAUCUUUGUGGGAUUGGAUUUUUGACCGUAAUAAAAGAUGCAACAAGAGAACAGAGGAAAUGUCCAGUCCAUACCAUCUCGUGGAUGUCCGCUGGACAAUGAAAAUUUUUCAGGAGUUACUAGAAGGAGUAUGCUAUAUCCACAGCAUGGGAGUGAUGCAUCGAGACAUUAAACCCAGAAAUAUCUUCCUGCAUGGAUCAGAUCAUCAUGUAAAAAUAGGAGACUUUGGAUUAGCCUGCAAAGAGCUUCUUUGGGAUCAUGCAGACCAGUGGUUUAAGACAGAAAAGAAAAAUGGACUGAUGCAUACUUCAGGAGUGGGGACCUGCCUCUAUGCCUCACCAGAACAAUUGCAGGGAUCUCAGUAUGAUUUCAAGUCAGACAUGUACAGCAUGGGUGUUAUCCUGCUAGAACUCUUCCAACCAUUUGGAACAGAAAUGGAAAGAACAGAAAUUCUUACAGGUUUACGGAAUGGCCAAAUUCCUCAUACUUUCUACAUGAAAUGGCCUGUUCAAGCCAAAUACGUUAAACUCCUCACCAGUCAGAAUGCUACAGAAAGACCAACGGCUGCUCAGCUCCGUGAAAGUGAACUAUUUCAUACCACAGAACAUGUUAUUUCCAACCUACAACAGAAGGUGAGACAGCAAGAGGAAGAAAUAGAGAAACUGAGAGAGAGAAUAAGACUGCUUUCAGAAGAACAAGGUGAACAACGUAUGGAACUAGGUUCCCCUGUUUAAGUAUGGGAAGAACCUCUAUUGUAUGCUAAGUUAUAUAAACUGUUCCUUUUUUACAUAGAUACAUUUCAAUGCAUUUUGA